AUGGAGUCAGAGCCCGGUGAACUCGAGAAAGAGUUCCUCGAGCACGGGGAGAUAUUCAUCAAGCAACUCGCCAGCUUCGUGCGCACCCACGAAAAGGCUUUGGCAAAUGCCCUGCAUACCCGAAAGGCCUUCUACAUCCUCCUCUACCUCGAGCACGAUUGCUGCAGCCUUAUCUUUGGGGCCCUCAACUUGACAUCCCAAAGCACAAAAUCCGCGAAGCUGUCACUUACCCCGCACCACCUCUUCUACCUACUCUCCCGCUUUGAGGAACUCAAAAUCGACGUGGGCUCGAUGAAGAUUCGUCUUGAGAACCUCCAUGACACAAGCACUUCGGCCAACUAUGUCUCCUUCUUGAGCAACUCGCAGAGACUAAAGCGUCGAGGAUCCGAUGUCGGCUCCAUCCGAUCCGUAUCGAGUGUCCGAAGCGUCAUGUCCGGUAUCUCGACCCUGUGGUCGAGUUUCGGUAUCGGGGCCAGUAUUUCUGCUGCGCGGGAAGAGAGGCAGAAGGCUGCUCUGCAGAUGGACAUGAAGUAUCUCUACUCUGCAUUCACCAAGAUUCCCUCCCUCCGACUUGCCCCUGAUUGGCGGGCUCGUUUGAUUCGCGGUUAUGAAGAGUUCCCCUUCGAUUCCGCCGUCCCUCUCUAUGUCUUCAAAAAUCUCCAGGCUCUUGAGGUUAGCGAUGUCGACUUCCGCCAGUUCUUUGGCUGGGACCGCCUCGCCGAGCAACUGAGGUCCUUGACCAUUAAGCGGGCCAGCCUCGAUGACCCUGCUGAUAUCCUGAUCGAUAUCGUCUUGGAUGAUAUGGACAAGAGACGUCGCCGUACCUCCAAGGCCCAGACCUCGCCCACAAACCCAGCAGCCCAAAUCACCGGCCUCACCAUCCUCAAGGCCGCGAAGCUUCUCUCCUGUUCGCCGACCGAACUCACGAAAUGCUUCGUCGCACGUACGGGGUCUCACAAGGUGAAGCGGUCCGGCUCCACUAGUUCUCACUCCAGCCUUGGUGAUUCAUGGCACCACCACAUGCGAGGAAGUUCGUCCAACCUGUUGGCCAUGGGAAUUCUCCCCGCAUCCAAGUGGCGCUUUCUGCGACAUCUCAGCCUUGCAGAUAACGGCUUGACUUCCAUUGCGGCAACCAGCCUCAGUCCCCUUUCCAAUACCCUCCAAUCACUAGACCUUUCAUCCAACCUGUUCACCGAGAUCCCGGAUAGUCUCGCUACACUCACCGCCCUGCGUGCUCUUAAUCUUUCUCAUUGCAUGAUUGAUUCCCUCCACUCCUUGACACGCAAUCCUCUUCCAGCAAUCACAGCCCUCAAUCUUCGGGGAAACAGGCUCCAGUCCAUCGCCGGCAUCGAGAAGCUGUACCCCUUGGAGAGGUUGGAUCUACGAGAGAACCGCCUUACCGACCCCACGGAGAUUGCCCGGCUUACCGGCAUCCCUGAUAUCCGAGAAAUCUGGGUUGAUGGAAAUCCAUUUACGCGUACUCACCGAGAUUAUCGCGUAACCAUCUUCAAUCUGUUCCGUCAAACUCCCGGCUACACCGAAGACAUCAUCAUUGAUGGCAUGGGCCCGAGCUACUCCGAAAAACGCUUGUUAGUGGAGCGUGCGCCACUCCCUGCCGUUGUCCCCGUUGUGAAGCCUACGCUCCCGGAGAUUCCGGCCGUAGAUCGUAGCGUCAUCGCGAAGACGGAAGGCCCCUAA